GGCCUGUGGUUCCCUCUCUACUCUCUGCUCAGAAGGUGCCUCACGAUACUUCCCUGAGGUGCUAUAAUCCAGUCCCAUCCAAAAGCUUCGAAAUCCACUGUCAGCGGGUAGCGACAACAUCGGGAUUCCGUUGAGUGCUCAUCACAGUCAAGGCCAAAAUCUCUGCGGGACCGUUUCGGUGUGUCUGUAACUCUGACCUCUAAAAAUGGGUUCUGAGAGAAGAGGAAAAGGAAUCGGAAGUAUUAACAAGGUAGGCGUAUGUAAUUUGAGGAAAACAUGCAGAUAGAUGUCUCUGACACAAACAUAUCAAAUUAGUAUUCUCAAAAAACAUUUGCAAGCAUUUCUGAACUUUCUACCCUUCUGGGAACUUAUUCCUCAUCCAAGUCUGCUACGUUUGCUCCCUGCUCAGGGAUUAUUUCUCUUCAUUCCGAAGACCAGCAUUUCCCUGCUGCUUCUCCACAGAGUGUUAAUUUCUGAGUAUCUCUUCCUGAAAUCAUCACUGUCUCAGUGCUAGCAUCAUUUUUUAUUAACUGCUAAGAGAAAGUUUCAGAAGUCAUGAGGAUCCCUGGUUUCUACGUUAGCUGUUGUUUUCCUUGAUACUACAGUAAGAGGUUUUUGUUUUUCCUUUUGGGAGUUCUUCUAUAGAGAAGGAAAGAACUCAAACAGAAAUUAACAACAACAACAAAAAAACCACAUUGAAAGGGCAGGAUCCAAGCAGUGUCGGAUUCCCUUUUGUGAGUCUGUCUGAAAUUCCCACUAUUCAAAAGGUAUUUUACUAGGAUUUUCUGGGUAUCAGGGAAGGCUUCUCCUCCAGACCAAGGAGGACAGGGAAUCUCUCUAAUUAGAGUUUGGUGGAGUGGUGGUAGAAAUGAAUGUUUCACCUGCCAGUGCAGGUUACUUCCACUUCACAGCUCCUACUUGCACAGAUGGCUGGAUUCGCUGCACUGACUUUGAAGGGACAGCUGAUAUGUGGACUGCUGAGAGAGCCUUGUGGCCAGAAUAGUAGAUUGGGCAGAUCUCUGAGCCACAUGCUUCCUUCUGACGGUGUCUUUGCACAGACCUUAAUUGAGAAUAGGAAGAAAUGGUAACCUUUGUAAUCACAAGAUUGAAUAACUUCCCAAAUUUUCCUUCUGCUCCAUGUCAAUGUCAGCACAGUGUUCCUGUUUGGCACUGACCAAGCUGUUGCCUCAGCAGUAAAUAACAGUCCAGCUACCCACUACUCAGGUUGCUUCCUUUCAAGACGCACCUUCAGGGCUGCACAUUGUCCAGCCACUGGAAAAGCUCCUUCCAAAAGUAAGCAAUAUGGAGAGAGGCUUGAUGGAGAGGAGCAUCCCACUAUGUAGUGGAUGGAGAGGAGCUGAAGGAAUGUGAAGAUACAUUUUCUCUCACAUGGUCUGCAGAGCAUCUGACUCUGCAUUGCUCUUCAUUCAGUUUGUUAUUACAGAUGGUGAUAAUUCCAGAAAAACCUUAGCUUGUCCACAUGUGUGAGAACACCGUGUUGGAUAUUUGAAUGGGUGGAGGUGGUGUGGCCAGUAUUGAUAUCUCAGUGGCCUCUUCCAACUAUUGAAGACUCAAAUCUGUGGUGGAUCUACAACUAAGAUGUGCUUUUCCUCUUGAUUCUUUUCACUGCACUUCACUGCUAUGAAGUUAAAUAUCUCAUAGCUACUUAAACAGAAUGAUCAAUUGUGUAGCAGUAAAAGCAAAAUUAUGAUCUUAGUGCUUUAUUUAAAAGCAGAAAUUUCUUGGUUGUUUGAGCUGUUUCAGUAAGUUCAGCUGUGGUUGUAGAUGAUUAGCAAUUGGGGGAAGCAAGAAGGGAAAUGCUGCAGUUCAGCUGGUACAGUUUGGAUUUGUUAUGUUCAUCUUACAGAAGGAAACGACAAGUUAUUUUAUGCUCUUUAUCACUAUGAUGCAUUUAUUGUAUCAAGCAAAAUUUAUGUAUUCAAACAUUUCUAGUAGGAGGAACUAUUCGUUCUGUCACUUAUUAAAAGGUGGACAAUUUAGGAUUCAUAAACAUAAACAAUUUUCAUUGUCAGUAAUGGAAAAUGCAUGCAGAAUAGGGAGAAAUUUUCUUGUGUUGAAUGAAAAAUCCUUUCAACGCUAUCUAAAGCAAAUUUCUUAUCAGAGGAAGAGUUGAAUUGCUUCUAUUUUCUUUAUGCAAAGUAUCUUUGCGCUAAGCAGUAUUUGCUCUCAAGUUUGGAAAUGGUGUAACUUCAAUAGUACCAUCCAUUGAUAAGUACCAAAACAUUUUCCAAUCAGUGCCUCACAACAUGAGCCUGAGGUCAUCUUAAUUUUUCAAACAGAAAAAUGGAGGCACAGGAAUGCGAAGUGAUUUUCUCAAUAUUUGAGAACCAAGAGUGAAAGAACUGGGUAUAUGGAACCUUCAUCUGCCAUUCUCGAAGCAAUAUUUCCAUUUUUAUCCUUUAAACAUAAUCCCUUUCCAAUAAAAACACUAAGAUAUUUAAAUGAGAUUUUUCUAAUGAACUUACCAAUCCAUCUUCACCCGGUCCUGGGAAUGUGACAGCAAGAUCUCGUCCAGUCUCAUCAAAAGCUUUUAUUUCGAUGCCUAAAUUGGAUUCAGGCUGUUUGAGCCAAUUUUGCAGCACUGUCUUCACAUCAAUACUCUGCCAGAUACCAGUGCCUGGGUUCAUGUCAAGUUUCAAAGAUCGAAUUCCAGUAUAUCUUGUACCGUCUUUCAUGGGCUUAAUGAGUCUCAGGAUCUGCACAAACACCGUUGUAGGUUUUUGGACUUGCCUCAAGUAUAUCCAUAAUUGUGCCUUUACUACUUUGUUAUAUUGUAUUUUAGAGCUAAACUUAAAGAAGCAACAUUUUGGUUUUCCCUCCAUUUGUACAAGAAAAUCAGCUAUAAAUGAAUGGAAAGAACAAAUUACUGAACAGGGAACAAAAAGAAAUAUGCAUAUAUAACCCAAUUUUUUUCCAGAUCAUGUAGGAUGUCUUACAAUAUUACAUAAACUGUAUUGGUAACAGAGUGGAUGCAAUAUCAUUCAAUUUCUGUACUCUACAUUCUACAGCAAAUCUAAUCAUUAUGCUGUCACCUACAAGUAACAUUCUGUGACAAGGAACUGAUGGUUGUUUUGUAAGCAGGCUAAAAGAAAGUUUGGCUAACCAUUUUCUAAGUAACUGUAGCUGAUCCCUUGCGCUCUGUAGGCUAUGCGGAGUGAGCGAUGUGUACAGGCAGAAAUUCAGGAAUGAUAAGCAAGAGAAGAAAAGCACUGCAGUGGGACCCCUGUGCUCCUCAAGGAUCUGCCUGUCACACCAGCACUGUGGGCUAACCCAUGCAGCUGCAAAAAAGUCUCUUUCUCUGACAAAGUUUGUCAGAGGGUAGGGCACAGCCAAUGCUGCUUGACAGUGACUGCUGCAAGCUCACUUCUGCUGUUCAUCUGAGGACCUUCACAAAGCAACAGCAAUUCAGUGUGAGCUGACUCAACGUUUCUGUCACCUCUAGGAAUUUCUAGGUUACUAAAUAACCUCAGGGUGCUGUGUAUGGUGCAAAUAGAGGCAGCUAUGUGAAACUACCUUUAAAGGCUUUAUUUUCUUUUCUGAGAGGAAAGAAAAUUAAAACUGCUUAUCUGAAGAUUUGUUUUCAUUUCAACAUGGUUAUAGCAAAGUCACGUGCAGUGCUGCAUUCCUCUUUCCUGUAGCCUAUAAUGCAGCUGUCCUACCUAGUCAUGAUAGUCUAUCUCCAUGCCAGGAUAAAACAGAUAAUACCCAUCUUAAAUGGUACAGAUCUUUGACACUCAUAAAUCAGAUCACUUAAGAUAACUGCCUCUUCAGCAUAUUUAUAGUAAUUCAAAGGCUUUUUAUAAAAAGAAGGAAAUAGAGCAAUAAAGCGUAAUGACUUUUCUCCAGUCGUUGUGAUUAUAUGGAGAUUUAAUUAAAGUAGUUUUGAAAUCUUGGGCACAAUAGGCUGGAAUAGAACUGCUGACAGUUUGUGAUAAGGCUGCAAUAAUGUAUUGCCAUUAAGUAUGCAUCUUAUUGAGGUUAAAAAAGGUUAAAGGUAAAGUUAAUUUUUUUGUCCAUUUUAGCUGGCUGCAGGAGCUGAUAUUAUUCUAGCACAUGUAUUGUAAUAUCUGUAACUGCUAACCUGCCUUAUAUGUCCUGACAUCUUUUUCCUUUUCGACAUCAUAUUCUUAAGUGUUAUUUAAAAAAACAGCUGCCAGAGCCAAAUACUUUAGCUGAUGAAGAACAUGAGAUACUAUAGUAUUAGCUGUGCAAAAGAUACUUGAUAGGAGCCGUAGCAGAUGUUUAGCACUAAGAAGAUAACUUAGAAUCUGCUCAUUCAGUAAAUGCCUUCAUUCUUCCUUGGCACGACUACUGGAGCUGAUUGCUAUAAUGUGGACACUUUAGCAUUUAAAUCUGUUACACGUAGAUCUGCUUUAAAUACAUAGUUUUAACUUAGAGGUGGGUGGUGCUGGCUCAUGGGAUCAGCAGAGAAGCAAGGAUUUAACUCUAUGCUUACACUUGCUGUAACACGCUGUAGUUUAGCGGGUCCCUGCUCUAAGCUGUAUUUCUACUCGUUUCUAUUGCUCUUAAGCACAUCAGCAGGUGGAAUGUCAUGCAGAAAAACACAGUUAUCUUAUUAGCUGCACUUGCAUUUCUAUCUGCAAUAGGGAAUGCCCUGAAUGCCGCAAAUAACAGAGCCAACUGAACUGCGGAUCUCCUUUUGCUUUCUAAAGCAAUUGGCAAAUCUUAAGUGUGCUACAGGGCACACACGUUACAAGGAGCCGAACAAAUGAACAGUAAAACAAAGGCUUGCAGCACGGUCAUUUGAACCUGACUCAAAUCCUUUAGAAAUACACUCUCCUCCCUCCCUCCGGCAGACUCCAGCCAGCAGCCUGUUGGGAGAGCCUGAGAAGGAGUUGUGAGGCUCUACAGCACAGAGACAACUCUCAGAGGAGCGGUGCGAGACGAAAGCAGCAGGGUUGUUACUUACACUCCGUAGGCAUUGUGAUAAUCGUCUCGGUUGUGGCAUGAUAGUCAUCGUCUUCCAAAGAGCCAUCGCUACUGUCGUCCCUCUGGACAUCAUACUGAUCAAUCAGUUCCUGCAGUGGAGGAGCUUUGGGUAAAAGCUGUUUAAUAACGUCCCUGCUAAUGUUAGGUGCUUGUUCCAGCCGCAGUUUGCUGAGGAUUUGAAUUUUUAUGGCUUCUAUUCUGGAGGAUUUUGUAUUCUGUCUCCACGUACAAGCAUUGCACAGUCCGUCUUUUUCAGCGUUCUCUGUGGGCUGACUACUGCCAUCCAGAGCCACUGGAUCAACCGCGAUCUGCAUGAACAGGGGAAAAAAGAUGUUUGUGGAUCUGGGAUGUUGCAGAGUCUCCUCUCAAGGCAUACUUGGGUCUGCAUCUGCGUUUUAAGUACCAGGGCAAAGCUUCACUCUGCCUGGUGGAUGAUUUCCUCACUUGGACUACCUGCUCAGGACUUCCUCACCAGCAGUGGUAUGUAAGUGUGUGAUGAUGCAACGGAUGAAAUGGACGAAGCACAUAAAAUGGGUGGGAAACUGGUGCUGCAGCAAUGCAUGCCUUUGGACCUCUCAGCUUGCCCAGGAGCUGCUGCUGAAUUUAGUAGUUGAGGGAAAUAACACUGGGUCUCCUUCAGCUGGUGACCAGCAGCUUCCUCUUCUCACCCUCUUCUCCCGACUGUGGGUUAGUGCUGCAUGUUUGUGCUGGGCUAGAGUGUUCCCACCAUGCUUUUCUCUCCUGCAUGUUCCAUUGCUUAUUAAUUCACAUCAUUGCUCCAGAAUUGACCAGAUAUGCUAAUGGAAAUGAACUUUAUGAGCAGACAGGGAAAUGCAUUCCCACUGGACUACUUAAAAACGUUUAAGGGAGGAUGCACUUACAGUAAAUGCUUCCAGUUUUUCUGAGUUUUGUAUUCAGCUUUUUAUUCUGCAGCCCUCACUAUGGUGUUUCAGUAUCAGUCUUACAGUAAAUCCUACAGUAGGGCCCUAUUAAACAUCUGCUUACUUCUAAAGGCUCCCUCCCUGUCACAGGAUGCUUUCUUCUCUUUAGCCUUGGAUCCUUAAUACUUCUACCCAAAAUUCCUGACAUUAAUGUUCAAUGUUUACUAAAAUAGCUGAGGAAAACCAGGCCUAAGUUACAGAGCAAUGGACUGGAUGGUACCAACGUGACCCCAGGCACAGGCAUGUGAAAUGAGUGUGCCUGUUCAGUCGUUGUCCAAGGCAGCCUUCAGUGCCACCUAACAAGUAGGGAUCAUCAUCUCUGGGCGUUGAGGAAAACCAUGAAAUCCUUGCAGAAGCUGCAAGUGGUGGUAGGGCUGUCAUUGUCAGGCUGGGAGGUGUGAGGCCAUGAGCCCCCCCCAGGGGGAUGUUAGCACUCUGCUUGGAGUAUGGCGGCUGUGUGCUGGGAAACGUGCCAGUCCUACGAGGAGCCGCUGCUGCACGGGGAAGAGUUUCCCUUCUGCACAACCAAGGCAUGUGAAGCACCAAAGACCUUCAUUUUGUUAUCUCCAGCGGUAACAGCCCUCCUCCCUAAAGCGAAGUGGGGAUUUCCAGGCUGCGAAUCGGCGGUUUGCUGUGUGCGGCCUGCCCUCUGCUGGGCCCUGCGGGGAUGGCGCCCACUGGGACGCGGAGACCCGCAGUGCUCUGGGUCUGAAGAGCUCUUUUUCCUUUCUUCCUUUUUCUCCUCCUUCCUUUUCCCUCUUCUGCAACUUGGGACAGCGAAUUUGUCCGCAUGUGCCAAAUUCCAGUGUUCAAAAUACAGGAGCUUUCUGUGAUUGCAGGCCUGGCACAUUGCUCCAGCGCUGUGCGUCUGUGGUGGCAAUGCGUUCACAGAACUCUUUUUGAAUGGAACAUCACGAGCUGUGCUGUAAUGCUCUCAAUAGCAAUGCAGUGCAAUCAUUUCAUAUUGAAACAGACACUCAGAAUGCACAGCACUGUUCUGUCCUGGCUGCGGGAAUGUCUACAGGAGGGUCUGGCUGAUCAAGCCUGAGGGUAUCAUCUGUAAUGCUUUGGUUUAGCUGUUUGUAAACGUAAAUAUUUCAAAAGUUAACACAACUCCAGAGGUCUUAAGACAUUGUUUGUAGGAUAUUUUGAAUGCUGUCUACUCCACAGGAAGAAGAGAGCCUCAGCUUUUACUGUCUCUCCUUUGAUAAAUAUUUUCUUCUUUGUUGACUCUUUCCUGUUGAUGUAAUAGAGAUGUUUCUUAUUUAUGAGCUCCAUUAUGAAGCUUCCCAUAAGAGCACCAGCUUAAGGCAAACAGUCUGCACUGGUUGGAGCAUUAGCUGUCCUGGGCCUUUCUCUUGGGAGCUGUCUGGCUCCUUUAGCAGACAUGUCCAAUUUCUCACAAUGAAGGUCCCUGCUUUAAAAACUUACAAGUUUUUUUUUUUUCUUGAGACAUGCAAGCUCUUCUUUCUCAUCAGGCCCCCUAAUUUGCAGCACAAGCCAAGUGGCUGAUGAGAAAUAAGAAUUGACCACAAAGAAAUUGACUGGUUUGGGGUUUUUUCACCUUCAGUCAUAGACUUGAAAAACACCCCAGCUAUUCUGCAGGUAUAUACAACAAUUUAGGACUCAACACUUGGUACCAAAUAGCUGCCUGUCAUUGCCUGAAUGGACACGUGCCCUGGACUCAUGGAAAUGAUGAGAACACCUCAUAUUCUUCAUCAACUAUGCAAAUAAUUGAAAGGAUGCUUACAGAACAUAAUUCAUGUAACAUCUGAAAUACUGUGGUGAAUGUUCCUUCAGAGCUCUGUGUUAUAAUGUGCUGGCAUGAUGUUAGCCAAAAUAGGCAUGCUCUACAGGAUAACUUACAGAAGGGCUCCUUGUGAGUAGAUCAGGAAGAGUUAAUAGAAAUAAUACUUCUAGGAUAUCCAGAUUAAUAGAUAGAGUUGUUUGCAUGCUGCUGAUUUUGUGGUAAGUGCACAAAGCUUGUUUUAUGCACAGUGGACUUUGCACCAGGAUAUUUGUAGUGGAGUGGGCACUUCACUGAUUGACCUAAUAAGAGAUUUCUUUCCUGUAUAUCCCUUCCUGUUAGCUAGAACAAUAUUAACGUUACUAAUACUUCUUUGAACUGUGCUACAUGACAACUGGUAUGCACUUCAUAAAGGAAAAAGGUCUCCCAAAAAUGGUAAGAAAAGUAAUUAUUUCAACAUGUAUUUGGAAUUGUAUGAAACAUACAAGAGCUGCUCUGAAAGUACUGCCUCGUGUUUUAUUAUGCUGGCCCAUGAAGGUAGGGGUGGGUGGUGGUGGUAUGGCAGCAGGGAGUGAACCUUCCCACCAAUACUGGUUUUUUUGCUGUACAGCAGAGGGCAGCGGAGUGGCAGCCUGAGAAGGUACAGCUACUGGUGGCAACUAUGUUGAAAAAGAGAGUUAUGUAGCUGAGAAUUUGCUCUACCAGAGAGUGUUAUUGUGCUCUUUGCAUCUUUUGUAGUUUCCAUGGAAAUAAACAGGAGGCAUUAUUUUUGGAAGAACUUGUUGUUGUUGUUAUUGUUCCUCUUUCAGAAUGUGGUACUUAAAGAAUAACAUAUCAGAAUGGUUUGUCAAUCAUUAGCGAAAUGAACAACUCAUUAUCCGACCAUUUCUAUAUGAGGUUAAUUUUAGACUUCUCUUGCAGGCAUUCAGGCAUUCUACUGAAGUGGAACUGAAAGGGGAAAACUGAUAGCUGGUUCUGUAGCUUGUACUUUGAGUCAUACUGAAUGCAAACAGCCAUCAGACAAUGGGAAGGAUGUUAUUUGCAUAACACCUUGGAAAGCUCUACCAAGCAGAUAAGAUGCUCUUUGUUUCAAGAAGCCCUUUGAAUGUCUCGGAGCUGCAUUAGACCCAUCGUGAAACAGCACAAAGAGCUGCAAGUACAAACUCACAGGAGUUCUUAAUGCAUUACAGAAGAGUAACAAAGGCAGCAGAAAAGGCAAGGAGCUGGAAGAAGCCUGCACAAAUGGACUAACGCUGCAUGACUUCAGCCGGUGUUGGAUUACCGAGAAGUCGCAAUCUGAUGUCUGAUUUGUGCUGACAGGAGGAGCUGCUCAGAGCUGGCAGUGCUUUUAUCGUGCAGUGGCUGCAGGGUGAGGAUGGCAUGCGCUUGCAGGAUACGUGUCUGACAGUACAGGGCUGCACAGGCUGCCUCCGGCCACACUGAGCUGCAGGGCAAUGGAAGGCUGACGCCGAGCAUCCCCACCACCUCUCAUGACGACUUGAUGGUCAGGCUCAGAGCUGCUGCAGACGUCACCUCCUGCUUCAUACAGACACAAAGGCAAAAGAGUCCCGGUUGUGAAGCAGUCCGUGCCGCGCUGGGGACAAAGGGGAUGGUUUGUUCAGAGCAGGCACAUCCCUGUGGUCAGAAAUGAGCUCUGUUUGGCAGGAAGCACUGAGGAAGGCUGGCAGAGAGGCAGCGUGGCCCUUACAUGCAAGAUUGCUCCAGAAGUGAAGAAGCACUGGUGGAGGCAGUGCAACCCCUGGCGAGAAGCAGCAGAGCUGUGCAGCAAAGGAGGGAGCUGCUUCCAGGAGAUGGAAACAUGCUGCUGAACUGAAUUUUGCAGCUGCAUUUUCAAAUGUACCAUGGGAUGCAUCAAAUCCAAAGAUGCCUUCGCGGGAUCAAACGCUAUCCGUGUGGAAGGGAGCAGGGAAGGUGACGAAGGGUGCACUGGGGAGAAAUCGUCCCUAAUAGCAGGGAUGGCGGAUGAGAAAGGCCCGUCGAGCGCCAUAGUGCUGGACUACGCACACCGCCUCUCCCAUGAGAUCCUCGAUCAGGCAGUGAAGCAGUGGGCAGUGACAGAGAGCAAAUACAGCGACAUCCCCUUCAUCGAGAGCGACGUACCCUGAGCCUGGCUGGCACGGACUGGCUUCAGUGAGGGUCUGUCUGCCAGCAGCUCAUGUUUGGUGCUGGUGCAAGUUAAGUCAGCUGUGACCAAGUGAAGUGCUGCUCUGAAUGUGUUUGCAAGGAGAGGCUGGAAAACACUGCCUUUUAAUCCAUAUUGCUAGGAAACCCUGUGGAACACAGUAGUACCUAUUAAUCAAGUGUUGUUCAUUAUCGGCUGUAUGAUGAGUGUUGUCUGUCUUUGUAUGUGCUGAGUGAUCAGAAAUCAGUGUUAAGAAAAUGGGAAGAAUGCAACUGCCUUGCAACUGUAGGAGCACUGCUGCAGGGGCCCCAGAGAUGCUGCAGAACAAAGUGUGGAUUGUAUUUAUGUACUGCAUAAAAAAUAUACAGCCUGUUUGUAGGUGACGAGGAUGGUAUGCCUGGCAAAGCCUGUCUGUGUUCUGCAGAAGUGAAAGUGGGACCUCUGUGGAGCAAAGGCAACUGCUGCUGUAACCUUCACCCUGGUUCUCUGACCUGAGCAGGCCUACAAACCACAGAGUGACAAAGGUGGCGAGAAGCAUUUUAUGAAACCAAAUGGUAUUCGGGGAACCAUAUGGGUUAUGGUCCUGUUCAACUGCCACUCUUAACAGAACUGAUGAGAAACAUUGCGAUAUUGAGAAGUGGUGCAUUGUAAUUAAGUUAACAGAUGCCCUGGCUUCUGCAAACGCAUGGAGGCUAUUCUCUAAAAUCUUGCAGUAAGAGUUUAAUUACAUCUAAUUGUGUUCAGGCCAAAGCUGUUUGCUUUGCUUUUGUUUAUUUUUGUAUUACUUGGUCGGGGGCUGUAUUGAUUUCAUGGCACUGUGGCUGCACUGUGCUGAGCUUUCAGUCCAGCAUCGCAGCCUGUGAACUGUUGGCCUUCACCUUCCUUCUGCUCCCGCGGGCUGAGCACAUCCCCAGGGUAGAGCUGCGUGCACUGCGGCACAGCUGAGCUGUGGGAGCCUCAGGCCUGAGCGGAGCACGGGGCUGUGAGCGAGCCUUGGGCCGCAGGCUAAUGGGCUGCUGUGUUCAUCAGCAGUGCUGCGCAGCUCACAGCACCACUCCUCUCCGGGCCUGGGGCCUGACCUGCUGCUCUGCUCUCUGGGAAUGGGAGGAGGAGGCAGAAACUGGUCUCCUACUGCUCUGCUGCCAUCUUAGGCAAAGUGAAUGCCUCCUAGGAAGCUUUUGGUUUUUUAGCACCCAUUUGCUCCUUCUUCUGUUAAGGCCGAUGUGUCAGCCAUGUCGUUUUGUUCCUGCAUCCAAGUGCUUUCCAUUCCAUAUUUUCAUUUUGCAGAAAGAAACUGCUUUCCAUGCUGGCCAGCCCUGUUACUAUAUUUAAAAGGUACACGCAGUUCUGGUGACUGACACAAGCGUGGCUCUGAAGCAGCGGUAAGCAGCAGAAAGAGGAGCAUUCCCAGUGUUAUUUUCAGCUCACUCUCACACAUGCAUUGAGAGGGAGCACGGCUGUCCUGCAAACUUUCUGACUCAAACUUAAUCACUUGAAAUUCAGCUGUUGGGAAGUGUGUGCAGAGGGAAGGGUCACAAAUACUCUUUGGUAGCUCAGCACACAACUGGCACUGGCCAGGCUGGCCCGGCCACAAGGCUGUCCAUGUGCCAUAGGUGGCAGUGACUGGAAGGGCCCUCCUGGAGUUCUGCUGUGCUAACAGGCCUAAUGCUAAAUGGGUAAUAACAAAGGCUUCUUUACCUAAAUGGAAUUCCAUCUGUCUGCUUACCUUUAGAUGAAACUGUUCCACAGUUUUAAAAAGCCACUUGUAGUGCAAAGUUGACACCCGUUCUUUGAUUUAGUGUAAUAAAGGCACUCUGGCAGGGGAGUGGUUUGUUCUGAAAUACACAUGUCCUUCUGGGUGGGAGUUCAGUGUUGGUGUGCUUUGUGUUUUCUGUGUGGAUCACAACAGGCUCUGAGUGGGUACGGUGUGACUGAGACAUCCUAGGCAUGGUUUGGAGCACACCAACUGCAGCACAACUUUGUACUGCUGCCCUUUCUGCAGUACAGCACACCCAUAUUCUCAAAUAAAACACACUACAAUCUAUUUUUACAAUAUUUUUUGUGCAAAAUAUUUUCUUGUGGACCAAAUAAAAUUAGAAUGACCAUC